AUGGCCGCGGCCGUCAGUGGCAUCAUCCUCAUCGCCCUCACGGGCGCCCUGACGUCCAAGUACCUGACCAAGGCGUCGUACUAUUACAGCACGCCGCCCGUGCUUGUCCUGGCGCCCCAGGCGGGCAUAGCGUUCGUGUGGGCCAUGGUCGACGGCGCCUGCCUGGCCUUCCGGAGGAAUCACGAGGGCGUUCAUCCCGGCCUAGUCGUGGUCCUCGACCUGCUCCUCUGGCUGGGCCUCAUUGCGGGAACUAUCCUGUUCAGCUUCAUGCACUACGUCUCCGACCCCUAUUACUCGGAUGACUACUACGACUUUGACGCAGACGACUAUGAUGAGCUCAGCUGGGUGCACGAUCUCCACGGGAACCUUCUCCGGUAG